AAGAGGGCUCCCCUGGCCACCGCCGGCCUUGAUGUCGCUGCUCACCCUGAGCCUCGCAAAAGGCGCCCCUCGACCCGGAGGCAUCGGCGCGUUUUAAAAAAGAAAGAAAGAAAGAAAAAAAAAAAAAAGCCACCGCUGGCUCCAAUUUCUGGAAGCCAGAGGAAGAAAUUUGCCCUCAACACCCAACCAGAACCCCUCUUUGCUCUGCCCCGGCCUCUCCGUUACCCAUUUUCGGUUUGUUUUUGGAAGAACCGGUUCCUCAGCCCCGCGUCGCCGAAGUUGUGCCACGAGUGCAGGGGCGUUGGAGCCCUUUGAAGAAGUGUGGAGCUAAUAGCCCAUAUAUAAUUCAGAAGAAGAAGUCUUCAAUGGAAGACCCCCGGGGGAUAAAUGGACAGUCUGUGCAAACAUCUCAAACCAGUUCAGAUGUUGCUGUUUCCUCAAGUUGCAGGUCUAUGGAAAUGCAGGAUCUAACCAGCCCGAAUAGCCGUCUGAGUGGUAGUAGUGAAUCCCCCAGUGGCCCCAAACUCGAUAACUCUCAUAUAAAUAGUAAUUCCAUGACUCCCAAUGGCACCGAAGUUAAAACAGAGCCAAUGAGCAGCAGCGAAAUAGCUUCAACAACAGCAGACGGGUCUUUAGACAAUUUCUCAGGUUCAGCAAUCGGGAGCAGCAGCUUCAGCCCAAGACCAACUCACCAGUUCUCUCCACCACAGAUCUAUCCUUCCAACAGACCAUACCCACAUAUUCUCCCUACCCCUUCCUCACAAACUAUGGCUGCAUAUGGGCAAACACAGUUUACCACAGGAAUGCAGCAAGCUACAGCCUACACCACGUACCCACAGCCAGGACAGCCUUACGGAAUUUCCUCUUAUGGUGCAUUGUGGGCAGGCAUCAAGACUGAAGGAGGAUUGUCACAGUCUCAGUCACCUGGACAGACGGGAUUCCUCAGCUAUGGCACAGGCUUUGGUACCCCGCAACCCGGACAGGCCCCGUACAGCUACCAGAUGCAAGGUAGCAGUUUUACAACAUCAUCAGGAUUAUAUACAGGAAAUAAUUCCCUCACAAAUUCCUCUGGAUUUAACAGUUCACAGCAGGACUAUCCAUCUUACCCCAGUUUUGGCCAGGGUCAGUAUGCACAGUAUUACAACAGCUCACCAUAUCCAGCCCAUUACAUGACAAGCAGCAACACCAGCCCGACGACACCGUCCACCAAUGCCACUUACCAGCUUCAGGAACCUCCAUCCGGCAUCACAAGUCAAGCUGUCACUGAUCCCACGGCAGAGUACAGUACAAUACACAGCCCUUCAACACCCAUUAAAGAUUCAGAUUCUGAUCGAUUGCGUCGAGGUUCAGAUGGGAAAUCGCGUGGACGGGGAAGAAGAAACAAUAAUCCUUCACCUCCUCCAGAUUCUGAUCUUGAGAGAGUGUUCAUCUGGGACUUGGAUGAGACAAUCAUUGUUUUCCAUUCCUUGCUUACGGGGUCCUACGCCAACAGAUAUGGGAGGGAUCCACCCACUUCAGUUUCCCUGGGACUACGAAUGGAGGAAAUGAUUUUCAACUUGGCAGACACACACCUGUUUUUCAAUGACUUAGAAGAAUGUGACCAAGUCCAUAUAGAUGAUGUUUCUUCAGACGAUAAUGGACAGGAUCUAAGCACAUAUAACUUUGGAACAGAUGGCUUUCCUGCUGCAGCCACCAGUGCUAAUUUAUGCCUGGCAACUGGUGUCCGGGGCGGUGUGGACUGGAUGAGAAAGUUGGCCUUCCGCUACAGACGAGUAAAAGAGAUCUACAACACCUACAAAAACAAUGUGGGAGGUCUGCUUGGUCCAGCUAAGAGGGAAGCCUGGUUGCAGUUGAGGGCUGAGAUUGAAGCUCUGACAGAUUCCUGGUUGACUCUGGCCCUGAAAGCACUCUCCCUCAUUCACUCCCGGACUAACUGUGUGAAUAUUUUAGUAACAACUACUCAGCUCAUCCCUGCAUUGGCAAAAGUCCUGCUAUAUGGAUUAGGAAUUGUAUUUCCAAUAGAAAAUAUUUACAGUGCAACUAAAAUAGGAAAAGAAAGCUGUUUUGAGAGGAUAAUUCAAAGGUUUGGAAGAAAAGUGGUGUAUGUUGUUAUAGGAGAUGGUGUGGAAGAAGAACAAGGAGCAAAAAAGCAUGCCAUGCCUUUCUGGAGGGUCUCUAGCCACUCGGACCUCAUGGCCCUACAUCAUGCCUUGGAACUGGAGUACCUGUAACGACAGCAUGGCACUUUGAAACCACACAACCUCCCUGUGACCAGGGACAAAUCCAACAGGCCCGAGUUUCUUGUCAGCGCUGGACUCCAGAACUUAGUGAUUUCAACAUACCAUGUGCAGCUGCUGUCAAUUUUGACCUCUGCCCUCGUGGUUAAGGGAGGACCACGUCUAUUUCUUCAGAACAGCUGUUGACUCUAGUACUGUGAAUCCAAUGAAAAUAAGCCAUGAGAAUGUUCUAGCACAGUGUAAUGUGUCUUUGCCACAUUAACUACACGGUUCAAACCUGUGAAGAAAGGACCUGCAAACACUUCAGUUUUUAGCAUUUUCAAUGUGACAUAAACAGCUUCUCUAAUACAGCAAACUUGAUUGCACAACAAAGACUGAAAAUGUAUUUCCUGAAUACCAUUGGAAGAAUUUUCUUGUAAAGAAGGUUUACUUUUUGGUGUCUUCUACCCAGGGUAAUCUGUACAUCUCUACUUAUUUAUGAACAGACUUUUUAUUAAAAAAAAAAUUUACUGAGGUAUAAAUCACAUACCAUACAACUCGCCCAGACAGACUUUUUUGACAUCAAGUAAUUGAAGAGACAAUAAUGUAAGAAAUAAGCAAUUAAAGGCCUUUGCCUCAUGACAUGGCAAGUACUUUGAAUUUUAGCACAUUGCAAAGUAGUUUAAAGUAUGUCUAAUUUAAACAUAUAAUAUGUACGUCACUGAGACAAUCAUGUACAGAAAGAAUUUUUGGUGUAAAUUUGUAAUAAUGGAUGAUUCUUUUACAUAUUGUUUAGGGAAAUGAUAUUGAAAGGCAGUAAAGCCUUCUCAGUGAAGCUUGAGGCAACAGGUGCACAAACCCAUGUGCAGUGCCUUAUCCGAGUAUUGGGUAUAAAUAUGUAGAUAAUGGAUUUUUUUUUUUGAUAAUGUUGUCAAGACCAAAAGCAUGGAUGUCAAGUGUCAAUAAGGAUUUUGUUUUCCAAAUCCUUUUUCCCCAUCAGUUCUUCUAUCUAAAUUUUGUUAAUACUGUUAGGAGGAUCUUGAUAAAAAUAACACAGCAGCUUCUUCUUUUGGAAACAUGAAAAGUCCUCUUAUCACCUUUUUCAUUUCAACACUAAUGUAUUAUAUGUAACUAUUUGGAAAAGUGAUUAUUCAAAUGCUUCAUCCCAUGGAAAUAAUAUAGAUGAUAGAUAUAUUUUAUUAAUAAAAAUGGUUCAUGAAUGGGAGACUAACAGAGUUUUAAUGUACUCAGAAUUAUUAUUGUGUCUGUAUUUUCUUGUUUAAGUACAGGAAGACAUUUCCACGUGGCUAGACAUCAGUAUAACUUUGCAUUACUCCACAAGUUCAAAUCCCCUCUCUUUUCCUCCCCAUGCAGAGGAAAGUUCACUGCCAACAGUGGAUGUAGCUGGGUCUCCAUCACCAAAAGAUUAAUGUUAGCCUCCACUUAUAUCAUGACAAGCAUAAAUCGUGGGUGGGGGGGGAAAGUGUCACCGUGGUCACACAAUAGGAAAGUCUCUCCCAAAGUGAUCAAUUUGUCCAGGCAAGCUAAUCUUUGGCAUCUAAAGCUUUCCAUUUCCAUGAAAUUAUUCUUUGGAUACAUUUUAUUUAAUAUUGUAUUGGCCCCCCCAGCUUUGACCCAGAGUAGCUAAAGAGCUAUUCCACCCUUAUCUGAAGUUUCGUGUUGCUGCUAGAAUUAGUCAUUUGUGAAUUCUCCAAAUCGUGUGACAAAUGAAUUAGCUUCUCUUUUUUUUCCCUUUUUCGCUUGAAGCAAACAGAAGUUGAUGAUUUAUUUUUUUUUAACCUUCUCAUUUUAUGUUCUUGUACUCUGAAGACUGAAAAGACAAAACUCAUCUUGGCCUUACUGUAAAAAGGUGUGUCGUGUCCACAAUUGUGUACAGAAUUUUUCUUCAUUAAUUUUUGUGUUUAAAUUAAUAAAAUUGAUUUGUGAAGUA